AUGGAGACGGGGGACGAGGAUGCCUGGGGUUCAGACCCGAGCGACUUGAAGCAGUCGCCCAAGUUUGCGUCCGUGCCAGGGACGCCGGGGACGCCAGGGACGCCGGUGGUGAUCGAGCAGGGCACGGCCAUGGGGCACCAGGAGGUGGUGGCUCCCAAGCCGCUGCCAGAAUCAAGAGUUCGAUGGCCAAAUGUGCCAUGCGUUGGCGAUGAGGAUGUCUACAUCUUUGUCAAUUUCUGUGGACUGAGAGCUCGGCUAAAUGCCACACCCAAGAAGGUUUCCCAAGACUUUGCCUCGUUGACAAGAACGUCGUCUGGCUCCAUGUGGAAGGCCCUGCUGAUCUGGCCACUUGCACUGCUCGCUGCCUUUUCACCAUAUCUCAUUCCCUUGCGCAACCAUGAAGGCGGCUACCGCAGGAACUGGCAGCAUUUUGCAUUGAUGAUGCCCAUUACCCAGAUGCUGAUCCUCUCCUCUGUUCCCGAGCUGGCCCAAGCUGUGGGGGGCAUCCAGUUGACAGUCCUGGAGCAGGCCUUGACAGUGCUGAUAGGCACAAUGUUUGCAACUCUGCCGGUGAUGGUGGUUGGUGGCCUUGGCACCUACCCGCUCCGCUUCACGCCCAUCCUGUGCACUAUCCCAGCUUCCUGGCUGGUCUUUCUUUUGCUCUUUUUAAUUGGCCGUCCCCAGUUCCAGGAUGGCAGCAGCAAGCUAAAGCACUUUGUGGUCGCCAUCCAUGUGCACAACAUGUUCUACAUAGGUGGCACUGUGGUGCUGCUGUACACCAUGGGCUUCAGGAGCUGGGGCCCAACGGCCCAGAGGUUUUCCACGUUGCUCAUACCUGCAACCCGCAUCAGCGUCAGAAAGCUCAUGGAGGUCGUGCUGGCGAAUGUAUCCACUGACCUGAUUCCCAGCGCCAUCUUUCUGGCGGAAUUCUCCAUCCAGUCCCUGGUGGCCAGCAUCCUUCCUGGCCUGCCGUCCCUGACGACCGUGCUGAUGGUCGUGGGCGCCGAUUUGCUCAGCAACUUUUUCCAUGUCUUCACCAUGACGCCCACCUUCCUACGCCUGAGGUUCUGGGCGUUGAGGACGCUAGGGGGCGGUCGGCGGGACCCCAAUGCCUCCAACGGGUGCUGCUCGCCGCUCAUCAGGUCAUCGAUGCCCGCAUAUGUCACCUUUGGCACCAUUUGGGAAGAUCCUCAAGGGAGGCAGCGCCGUCUCAUCUACAAGGCCGGGCAGCUCAUGUCCCUGGAGCUCGCCGAUGUCGCAGCGCCCCUUGUGUGGAUGGCAUUUGCCACUGGCAUCCAUGCCCUGGGCUACAACAAUGACCACUUUGGCUUGGGUCCAGGCCUCAAACCUCUGACGGGCUACGAUAUCAUGUCGGGCUGGCAAUGGAGCGGGAUCCUGUCAGGUGCAGAGGCCGUGACGGCGAUGGCAGUCAUCGUGGCGAUGGGCCAUUACACGCAGGUCAGCGGGGUGAGCUUGGUGAAGAGGGUGCUGGUUGACAACACAGGGUUCCUGGCAAGAAUGAUCUUUUCGAAGUACAUCUACAUCUUCAGCCUGCUGCUGAUGCACAGUGGCGUUGUGGACUACAUUUGA